AUGAGAUCAGCGCAACAAGUCGGAGAGUUGCUCUUAGUUGCCUCCAUCACCAACAGUCUCUCUAAGUCUAAGUCUAAGUCUUGUGCUCCUGUUCUGAAUCUCCUCCCUCCUCAACACAAGCAACUCCUCACUGAACCCGUCAUCCUCCAAAUCCUAUCAAACCCUACUCUUCACCCUUCCCACAAACUCCAUUUCUUCAACUGGUGUCGCUCCCAUCAUUCCUCCCCACUUUCCCCCUCUGCUUACUCCCUCAUCCUCCGUUCUCUCUCCCGACCUGCCUUCCUCCAUCACCUCCUCCCUCUCCUCCAUUCCAUCAAGCAAGACGCCGUUGUUCUUCAUCCUCAAUCCUUCAACCCUCUUCUCCACUCCCUCAUCAUCUCCCAUAACUUCCAUGAAACCCUCCAGAUCUUAGAUUACAUCCAACAACGACACCUGCUUCAACCGGGAUGCACCCCGCUCAUCUACAACUCUCUUCUUAUUGCUUCCCUUCGAAACAACCACAUCCCUCUCGCAUUCUCCAUCUUCCUCAAGCUCAUUGAAUUAUUCGAUCACGAUCACGAUCACGAUCAUGCUGCUCUUGAUUCCAAUUCCAAUUCCAAUUCCAUUGCUUUCAAUCAGUUGCUCGUUGCCCUCAGAAAAGCCGACAUGAAGCUUGAGUUCCAACAAGUGUUUCACAAACUCAUGGACAAGAAAGGCUUCGCUCUUGAUACCUGGGGCUACAAUAUCUGCAUUCAUGCAUUUGGUUGCUGGGGUGAUUUGGCUACUUCCUUCAGCCUUUUCCACCAGAUGCCUGGCCCUGAUUUGUGCACCUAUAACUGUCUCAUCUCCGUGCUUUGCAAGCUCGGCAAGGUCAAGGAUGCACUCAUUGUGUGGGAGGAUCUCAACGCCUGCGCUCAUCAACCUGAUCACUUCACCUACACCACCCUUAUUCAGGGUUGUUGCAAGACUUAUAAAAUAGACCACGCCACCAGGAUUUUUAACCAAAUGCACAACAAUGGAUUCCGCCCGGGUACAAUUGUAUACAAUUCACUGUUGGAUGUACUCUUUAAGGCCACCAAGGUUUCAGAAGCCUGCCAACUGUUUGAGAAAAUGGCUCAAGAAGGGGUGAAAGCCUCCUGCCAGACAUAUAACAUUCUGAUUCACGGACUGAUUAAGAAUGGGAGACCAGAAGCUGCUUACACUCUAUUUUGUGACCUCAAGAAGAAAGGCCAAUUUGUGGAUGGAAUUACUUACAGCAUUAUUGUGCUCCAACUUUGUAAAGAGGGCGAGCUGGAGGAGGCGCUCAAAUUGCUGGAGGAAAUGGAGGGCAGAGGUUUUGUUGUUGACCUUGUUACCAUAACGUCACUUAUGGUCGGCAUUCAUAAGCAUGGUCGUUGGGACUGGACGGAUAGGCUUAUGAAGCAUGUCAGGGAAGGUGAUCUGGUGCCAAAGGUUCUCAGGUGGAAAGCUGGAAUGGAAGCUUCUAUCAAGAAUCCACCUAGCAAGAAAAAGGAUUACUCACCCAUGUUCCCUUCCAAAGGAGAUUUUAGUGAGAUCAUGAGCAUUCUAACUGGUUCUCAGGAUGCCAACCUUGAUUCUCAUGACACCAAAAUUGAAGACGAGGAGGGUGAUGAGUGGUCGUUGUCUCCGCACAUGGAUAAAUUGGCCAAUCAAGUGAAGUCCAGUGGCUAUGCCUCCCAGCUGUUUACUCCCACCCCUGGACAAAGAGUUCAACAAAAAGGGUCAGAUUCUUUUGACAUUGAUAUGGUGAAUACUUUCUUGUCUAUAUUUUUGGCCAAGGGAAAGUUGAGCUUGGCCUGCAAAUUGUUUGAGAUUUUCACGGAAGCAGGUGUUGAUCCUGUGAGCUAUACUUACAAUUCUAUCAUGAGCUCAUUUGUCAAAAAAGGCUACUUCAAUGAGGCUUGGGCUAUUAUAACUGAAAUGGGAGAAAAGCUUUGCCCGGCUGAUAUAGCAACGUACAAUAUGAUAAUUCAAGGUCUAGGAAAGAUAGGAAGAGCAGACCUAGCCAGUGCUAUUCUUGAUAGGCUCCUGAAACAGGGUGGUUAUCUUGACAUAGUUAUGUAUAACACUCUCAUUAAUGCUCUUGGGAAGGCAGGCCGAAUAGAUGAGGUGAACAAGUUCUUUGAGCAAAUGAAGAGCAGUGGGAUAAAUCCUGAUGUUGUCACGUAUAAUACUUUAAUUGAAGUUCACAGCAAGGCUGGGCUAUUGAAGGAUGCUUAUAAAUUCUUAAAAAUGAUGCUGGAUGCUGGAUGCACACCUAACCAUGUUACAGACACGACUUUAGAUUAUCUAGGGAGGGAAAUUGAUAAACUGAGAUACCAAAAGGCAUCAAUUUUGAAUGAAAAAGAUGACCCUUCAUGA